AUGGCUUCAGCUCCAAAGAAUCAGGCCGCCUGGAUUCCCGCCAAAAAGGCCCUACCGUUCAAGGUUGCUGACGCGCCCUACACGUCACCUGGCCCGGGCCAGGUCACGGUAAAGAACGCCGCUGUGGCCAUCAAUCCGUUCGACUGGGUACUGCAGUUCAUCGGCCCGGCGUUAGCUGGUUAUAUCAAGUACCCCUUCAUCUUCGGCACCGACAUUGCUGGCGAAGUGGUCGAGGUCGGUCCCAACGUGGAGCGGUUCCGCGUAGGCGACCGAGUUCUAGGGAGUGCGACAGCGCUGGCCAAGGAAGUCAAUAAUCCGGCAGAAGGAGGGUUUCAGCUCUACACUGUGAUGCGAGAGCAUAUGCUAGCGCCGACACCCUCGCACAUCACCGACGAACAGGCCUGUGUCUUAGGGCUGGGCCUCGGGACUGCGGCAUACGGCCUGUUCCAUCCGAACUAUCUAGGCCUUGACAUGCCUCAAACCCCGACCGCAUCCCCCGAUGCCGUGGGCAAGUCCAGCAAGCCGCGCACUGUUAUUAUCACAGGCGGUGCAUCGAGCGUGGGGAGCAACGCCGUGCAGCUGGCUGUCUCAGCAGGCUACCAAGUCCUGUCUACCUCGUCCCCCAAGAACUUUGACUAUGUCAAGGGCCUCGGCGCCACACAUGUGUUUGACUACCGAGGCAAGUCGCUUGUCAAGGACCUCCUAGGAGUACUCAAGGGUCACGAGCUAGUGGGCGCCUACACUAUUGGCCGAGGUGCCGUCAAGGCCUGUACUGCUGUUAUGAAGAAACACGAUCCCGGGCUCACCCGGAAACGCAUCGCCGUGGCCGGCGCCAUCAUUCCCGCCGACAAGCUCACCUCCUUUGUUGGCAAGGGCACGCACUUGAUAGGCAUGGCUGCCGGCAUGAUUAAAUCGACCGGCACGCGCCUGGCGACUGGUAUCGAGGCCAAAUUCAUCCUAGUCGAUGGCCUAGUCGACCCCGAGAGUGUCGUGGCUCGCGUGUACACGGACUUCCUGCCGCUGGCACUGGAACGGGGUCAAUUUGUGCCUGCGCCUCCGCCGCAUGUUGUGGGUAAAGGGCUAGAGAAGAUUCAGGAGGCUUUAGAUCUCCAGAGGAAAGGUGUCUCGGGCAAGAAGCUUGUUGUAACUCUGUAA